AUGCAUGUUUGGAAGUGUCCCCCGUCUCCUACACAUGCGCGCCCUGCUCGAGGACGACCCUCCACACUACACACAUCACUUUUGUUUCCUCGCUCUCGGGAACAGGACCCCGAAGUGUUGAAAAGCCUCCUCCACGCGACCGAGCGGCUGCGGGGGUUGGCAAGAGUCGCGGGAGUGUACGUGGACAAGUACAUGGCUCUGAGCGUCCUGGAGUUCGGGUUCGGGGGCCUGCUUCAGCGCCUGCCGAAGCUCUUGCCUGUCGUGCAGACGACGAUCCAGAAGAAAGGGUUCACGAUCAAGGUUUCCAAUCUCAACCUAGGAGGCGUCGUCUUUCCUCGAAGCGACAUCCGCUUUUCUUUCCAGGGAACAAGCCUUCCCCCCCACGGCAGCACCGUGGAGACAAACACGCCGUUCGGUCGGGGAAGGGUGGUGCGGCACAUGAAUCGAACGCACAGCCUGUGCGUCGAGCUGCUGUCCUUCCCCCUCCGCUCCGGCCAGUACGCCAGGGCUUUCGUUCAGCCAGGAGACGUGGUCGUGAUCGAGCCUGACCAGGACAAAAAUAGCGACGGCGGCGGCCCAGCGAUUGCAUCCACGGCGGCGGCGGCCGGCGCCGCUGAAGGUACCAGCGCCUCGGAGUCUUUGGCGCAACCCACGGGCCUCUUGAACCCGGACUCAAUCUUCGGCGAGGGCGACGACGAGUCCCCGCGGCCCUCUUUGCACACGCGGGCGGCUGCAAAGACGCUGCUGGCGGCGUCCUCUCUGCACCAGCGCCUGCAGGAUCGCCGGAGGCGUUCUGCCGACGGGUCCGGGGGAGGAGGGUCGAACCAGAGCCAGCGGCAAGCCAGAAAGAACGAAGGCGGCGGCCCUGUCGACAGCUUCGGCGUGACCGUCGACACCUACUACACCCCCGCGCCGCCGCCGCCGCCGUCGUCGCCGCCGCCGCCGGAGCCCGCUUGUGUUCCCGCCCCGGGUGACGAUGGCGUGGGACCGGGAACCCAUGUUGCCGCCGAUAAUGCAGCGGCCGCUCUCCCGCCAGCGGCAGACGAUGGCAUGUUAGCAGGGGUCGAACCGCUGCGCUCAGCCUUUGCGGGAGGGGUGGCAACGGCGACCGGGCCUGACGAUAAGGCUACGGGCAUCUCGGCGGCAGCCAGAGCGAAGAGGCAUGCGCGAGGUAGGAGCGCCGGCUCUGAGUUUGCCUCUGGAGCCAGAGAGGGUGAUGGCGCUCUGGACAUAGUCGACGAGAAACUACGGGGCUCGGAGAUCAUCGUGAGGAGGAAGCCGCCUCUUUCUCAACGCCCGCUCCCUCCUCCUCUUCCUCCGAAGCCGAAGAGCGUCCCAACGCCGGCAACGGCAACCGUCGCCCCGGCCGACGUUCACGACGGCAUCGCCGCGGGUGUUCCGUGCAGGAAGAGUCGGACGUGGCCGGUGUGGGCUGAGAGCCAAGAGCUAGAGACCAGUUCGCGCAGCGGAGAUGCAUGUGGAGGGAGCGCAACCGAGGGCGGAGAGAGUGAUACGAAUCCGGGGGGAAUCGCCGGCGGCAUCCUGAGCUCCGGUGUCUGGAAAAGGGCUUACUCUGCAGCCACGAACGCAGCCGCUACCGCUAUAGCCGUGAACACCGACCUUUCUGCGUCGGCAACGGCUUCGGUAGCUAAUUUUGCGAACGGGGGAGGGGUCCGGUGGAUGGGAAACCGGGUCGGGGACGGCGGUCGCGACGCCGGGGAUGCCAGUCGUAGGGGCGACACAGCUACUGUCGAGCAUCAAGAACGGGAGGAAAUGGGAAAUUCCAUCGGAGUUGACGAGGAGGAGGAAGGGGAGAGAGAAGCGCCGCCGCCGCCGCCGUAUUUGUCCAUCACCUUGGGAAACGUGAGCUGCUUCUUGCCGAAGGUGAACUGGUCCGUGCAGACGCAGCAGAAGCGAUUCCUAAGGGUGGGGGACUCCGGGUACAUCAACGUCCGGCUGGAGGGCGUGUCGCUGUCUCUCUCCCUUGACCCGGGAGCCGGCGUGUGUUCUCUGUUCGGUUCGUCCCGACGUCCAUCGCAAACACCACCGCCAACGCCACCGCCACCAGUCGCUCCUCGCCAUCUUCCUGGUACUUCCGCAGCCGCCCCCGUCGGAACAAGCGGCGGCGACAAUCAGGGCCCCCCACCACGCCCUUUGUUGCCGUUCGUGGCAACAUCAUCACAGGCACCGAGAUCCGUCUCCGCAGAACCUUCAGCGGAGGGAACAGACGGCGGGAGCGUGGCCGAGAGGGGUGGGGGCGGGUCCUCUUCGGCUCUCGUCGACGGUGGGAAUUCUGCUGACGCCGGGAAGGGUGAUGCUUCUGGCGGCAGCGGUGGCGGCGAUGGGCUUGGCGGAGGCGGUGGCUCUUCGAAAUGGUCCACACUGAAGUCGAUGUCGACAGCCCUGUCGAAGGGCACCGGCAAGAUCAAGCGGCGCUGGAAGGCGACAACAACGCAGCAGCAGCAGCAGCAGCAGCAGCAGCAGCAGCAGCAGCAGCAGCAGCAGUUGCAACGAACCGGCCACCACCAGCCCGCGCCGACUUCUUUCCAGCCCGCCUCCUCUUUCUUCCACCCUCCGUCUCCUAUCGACUCCUCCGACAAAUCGGAUGCCUUCUCCUCUUCCUCCGUCCCCUCGACGUCGCGAGGACGCGCGAUAACUCCCACCCUUCCUUCUGCCGCCACCACCGCUGCCCCAACACCAGAAGCCCUGCCGUCGUCGAGGUCGGUGCCGCGUUUGUCGAGCUUGGGUGACAACGACGCGGACGGCGGCAGCGGUUCGUUGGUAUUCGCAACGGCGGCGGAAUUUUCCCCCUUGGCGGCGGCAGCGGCGGCAAGGAGGAGGGGCAGCGGGCUCGAGGGUGACGACGGGGAGGCGGGGGAAGUGACUCCGUCUGGGAUUUCUGCCGGCGGCACAGACGAGUUUUUGAAGGUCACGGCGUGCAGCUGCAAGGUUGGGUCUAUCCGCAUCGACGUGGACGGCAGCAAGCACGACGGCAUCUACAACUUCCUGGCCAAGGGGCUGGGCGACACGAUACGCGACGCUGUGCGUGAGGCCGUGGAGAAGGCGUUUGCCGAGGAGAUCGGAAAGCUCGUCGAGGGCAUCAACGACCGGAUCGCCGAGAUUUGGUCCGGGAGUCCCCCGGUAUCAAAGAAGUUCAGGGUGGUUUGCGCCGCCGUUCGGGCGCAAGAUCUGCCCAAAGGGAAGACGGAUCUCUACGUUAAGGUACGCCUCAUCAAGCAGGACGGCACGCAGCUUGAGAAGCGCAGCACGGCUGCCGUCGGAGCCGUCGCCACCUCCGCCGCCAUGUCCAUCCCAAUCCCUUCCAUGGUCGCCAUCUCCAGCAACAAGCGCAAGGACAAAGAGCACGAAAAGAAGCAGAAGGAGAAGGAGGCCCCGGCGCGCAAUCCGUGCUGGGUGGGGUUGGACAACGAUUUGUCCAUGAACCUUCCGGAGGAAGACCCUGACGGCAUGAGCUUGGUCUUUGAGGUGUGGCACAGCGGCACGCUCGCCAAUGCUCUUGUCGGAUCGACGCGCCGGGUGACCAUGUCGGAGAUUGAGCCACCGUCCCCUGCAGCAGCAGCAGCAGCAGCGGCGGCGGCGGCUGCAGCAGCAGAAGCAGGAGAAGAGACGGAAGAAGACGAGGAAAGGGAUGGGGGCGCCACCCCUGCUACCGUGUUGAAGGAUUCCGACUUGAACACCUUGUGGUUAGACUUGGACUCCGGCGGGAAAUUGAUGGUUAAAUUGGCCGUGUUCGGGCGAGCAGCUCACCGUAGGCGCACCAGCUUCCAUCGACCGGGGGGUGGAGGCGGCGGUGGUGCCGGUGCAGGGAUUCCCGAGGCCGCACUCGCGGCAGCUGAAACCCAGAGGGCGUUACGCCGAUGGGACUAAUCUAAUUGUAGAUCGGUUACAGUUUGCCGUAUGAGGAACCAGUGGCUCGAAGGCGGCGUUGUUCUGGGCGUGAGCCCUUUUGUAUUGCACCGAGGUUUGAAAGGUGGCGCCGUAUUUGGAAGGUGUUUUACCACGCCACGGAACCUCUUUGAUGAACCUCAGCGAUACCCUGUUCCAGCUGCGUAGGGGGUAUCACAUGAAAACACGGCACGAACUAUCUUCGAAAUUUAGUACAAAAUGAACUAUCUUCGAAAUAUAGUACCAAAUGAGGAUUGGCUACAUGCAGGGGCGUUUUCAUACAGUAGUGGACGUUUGGUGUGGAAGGAAAGGGUUUCACUUCACUCUCGUGGCAAUGAAUGCUGUCUUUUUCGUAUUUCUUAGAAAGAAUAAUCAUCCCGAGAGCACGUGCACGUUUUCACACAGCGGUGGGCGUUUGGUGUGGAGAGAACGGGAUCUUACAUCACUCAUAGCAAUGCAUGCUGUCUUUUUUCAAUUCCUGGAAAUCAUCCGAGAGAGAGAGAGUACGUACUUGUGACGCAAUCCUGUGGUAUUUUGUUUGCCUUAAGCUGCUGAUUCUACGGUUCAUUGGAGUAAGGCCGCACGGGGAUAAGUGUGGUAGGUUUCGGCACCUGUAGGAGUGCCAAGUAUGAUGCCCCCAACACGGGUGAGUGAGACGCCUCGAGAAACCCGUACCGGGCGGGGCGCUAGGGGAGCUACAUAGCCGUACGUAUUGAUUCCCCAGCUGAACUUGUGGGAUCCCAACGUUGGACUUGUGGGUCAGCGUUUUUCACUCUUAAUCGGUCUGAUGACUGGCUAGGGUUUAGGGGAAUAAGGAGGCUUGAGUAAGGUUGGGACUCCGAAAAAUAGCUAUCGUUGCGGUUGCGCUGAGGGGGCAUACUUUCGAAUCUUGGUACGAAAUUUGGUACUAUGGUAUUUGUUUUUUCCUGUGCAGGCAUUUUUGUAGCACGAGCGGCUCAACAUUCAUGAUAUUUUUUUUUUGUCGUGGACCGAGGAGCGACGCUUGUAACGACCACAAGCUCGUACACUGCACGUUUUCGCGUACAGUACCACCGCCGUGUUCACGGCACUUGGUCGGCUGACGAGGUGCGCCCCUCGAGGCAACCGGAGGGCCAAGGUGUGGUAGCGACGUUUGCAACAACAACGACACGGCCACGGCCAGCGAGGGAGACUACCGAAACAACCAUUGUUUGGGGAGGGCCCCGGCCAUCCGGCACAGCCGCGUGCUAUCACGCCUGAGGGGCGGGGACUACUCCAGAAUACACCCGGUCGACUUACUACACUCGCCGUAGACAACGCAGGGAGACGAAGCGCCGGAGUACGUUGGGGUUCUGUUUUGGGAACGCAGAUUCCAAUGCAUGGCGUCGUGGCGCAUAAGGGGGCUCGCAGAUAGAUGUCGGUCAACUAAGUGGCAGCCAAAGAUCUGCCGGUGGACCUGAUUCGAGGAGUCGCGGGAUAGGGGGAAGGGAGGCUGAAACGUCGGUCUAGUUUCGUGUGGAUAAAUAGCCAGUUUCUUCGUUAUUUGUUUCGUUUUUUUAUGCGUUUUUUCUCCAUUGCUCUAGCCAUCCAUGUUGCACGACUGGUCCUAUUAACAACGCAUGCGAGGGAGUGCGAGGGUUCACACCUGGUUGGCGAUUAAUUUGCAGUAGCCAGCAACGCGUGGAAAUACAUGAGUGUCUCGGACCUUGCGCGUUGUUGUCUUGUUUUUCGGCUUCCCGUCGCAACUUAUGGCGUAGAGUCCUUCCCGAACCUCAAGGACGGGGAGCGGGGUUGGGUGGGAACCGCCGUCCAUGACGUCGACUCUACACCUGUCAUCCACAGCAGCAGUGCUUUGUUGUGGGUUAUUGUGCAUGUCAUCACGGCAAUUCUUUUCUUUGCCUUUGCACAGUAGGGAAGAGCAAGCGCACGCGCGUUUUCCACCUGAUACGAAGGGGGGGGCGG